GUGUAAAAAGUGCUUGUAAAGGAAGACAGUGAGACACUUUUAUCAAGGACCUCAGACUCCUUAUCAAGGAUGCAGACAGAGAUAGAUUUUCUCAAGAUUGGGGUGGGCUUAUACAACCCCUGAUACAUUCUUUUCUAGAGGUCACACUCAUCUUCAUCUUUGGACAUUAAGAUCACAGGACAUAUUUAUCCUUAGAGCCUGCUUUGCACACAUUUCAACGCUCUGGGAUUUCUUUAAAGGAACUGUACCUUUUUUAUGGUCUGAUGGUAGUUUGGUCCUCUUUUCUGUUGGAGAGUUUUUGGGGCAUCAAGGCAGCAUGUUGAGGUGUUUGCUACAGAGGGCAACCAACUUAAGGAAUGUAGAGAAAGGAGAGAGACACAGUGACCCGCUUGCUAGCAUCACUUUCAGAGGGACAAAAAAGAAAACCAAAAUCAUCAAAAAUAAUGUCAAUCCUGUGUGGAAUGAGGGCUUUGAGUGGGACUUGAAGGGCAUACCUUUAGAUUCUGGAGCAGAGCUUCAUGUUGUCGUCAAGGAUCAUGAGAAAAUGGGCAGGAAUAGGUUUCUGGGGGAGUGUCGGGUGGCUCUUCGAGAUGUGCUUAACUCUCCAAACCUGGCUGCUACUUUCACUGUGUCCCUGGUAGACACCAAGCGGAAUAGCACAGGGGCCACAAUAACCCUGCAGGUUUCCUACAUCCCUCCUCCAGGCAUGGCACCCAUAUUCCAGCCUCCCCCACAGCCAGAGGCCCAGCACACCCCUGUGGAGCUGGACACAGUUACAGUGUUCUCAUUGGACACUAUGGGUGAGGAGGACACAGAGAGUAUGCUUAUGAUGGAGGCGGUGGAGGAGCCUGAACCCACUCCAGGGCCCCAGGGUCAGGAUAUCAGGACUCCUACUGCACCACCCAAAAAGUCCCCACCAAACAUUAACCAGGGCCAUAAGAAAAAUAAACACCACAGCAACAAAUCCCCACUGUCCAACAAACCCCAGGACCUCCAGGUACGGCUGCGCAUUAUUGAGGGAAGACAGCUCCCUGGUGUCAACAUAAAACCAGUUGUCAAGGUUACAGUUGGAGGUCAGACAAAGAGAACACGUAUCAAGAAGGGCAAUAAUCCAUAUUUUGAUGAGACUUUCUUUCUGAACUUCUAUGAGAAACCUUCAGAUCUUUUUGAUGAACCUAUCUUUAUAACAGUAUUUGACUCCAAGUCACUGCGCAAAGAUUCUGUCAUUGGAGAAUUCAAGCUGGAUGUUGGCAUGGUGUAUAAUGAACACCGACAUGCAUUUCUCAGGAAAUGGUUGUUGCUGGCAGACUCUGAUGAUCUGUCUGCAGGGGCCAGGGGUUAUUUGAAGGUCAGCAUGUUUGUGCUGGCCGCAGGUGAUGAGCCUCCGAUGGAUAAGAAAGAGAGUCUAGAAGAAAAGGAAGAUGUCGAAGGGAACCUGUUGAGACCAGCAGGUCUUACCCUGAGAGGAGCCACCUUUACUCUCAGAGUUUACAGGGCAGAAGAUCUGCCUCAGAUGGAUGAUGCACUAAUGGAUGGCAUGAAACAGUUCCUUGGUUUCGAAACCAACAGAAAGAACCUUGUGGAUCCAAUGGUGGAGGUUAACUUUGCAGGAAAAACGAUCUGUGGCAAGAUUCUGGAGAAGAAUUCCAACCCUCAGUGGAACCAUAGCCUCACUCUCCCCAUCAGGUUCCCAUCCAUGUGUGAAAAGAUGAGGAUACGUAUUUUAGAUUGGGAUCGAGCCAGCCACAAUGAUGUAAUUGGCACUACACACUUAUGCAUGUCCAAAAUCUCAGCCUCUGGGGGAAAUAUUGAAGUGGAUGAUAAUGUAGGCUUCCUACCCACCUUUGGCCCCUGCUACGUCAAUGUGUACGGGAGCCCUCGAGAGUUCUCUGCCUUCUCAGACCCGCAUGAAGCACUAAACUAUGGAAAGGGAGAGGGUGUAGCUUAUCGAGGGCGGGUGCUUUUGGAGCUCAUUACAAAGUUGUCCGAUCAUGUGGAACAAAAAGUUGAAGACAUACACCCUGAUGACCUUCUAGUAGUGGAGAAAUUUAUGCGGAAGAGGAAAUACUCUCUGUUUGCUGCUUUCUACUCCGCCACUCUUCUUCAGGAUGUGGAUGAUGCAAUUCAGUUUGAAGUCAGUAUUGGGAACUAUGGAAACAAGUUUGACAACACCUGUCUGCCUCUAGCCUCCACCACUCAAUUCAGUAGGGCUGUGUUUGAUGGAUGCCAUUAUUAUUACCUGGCAUGGGGAAAUGUGAAACCUGUAGUGGUCUUGUCUUCAGAGUGGGAAGACAUUGGUCCUCGCAUAGAGGCCCUAAACAUGCUGCUCUGCAUAGUUGACCGGCUGGAAUCAAACUUGGAGCAGGUACAACUGGAACUAAAAGCAAGAAGUGACCAACAGGAAGUGGAGCAAAGGGUUAUCCAGCUGCUUGAUGAUGUCAUAGCCGACUGCAGUGAGGAGCUCCCUGAGGUGGAUAAAUGGCCCUGUGUGACUCCGUUGGAUAAAGCUCUGAGGAAUCUACGCAAGAUUAACAUGGAGCAGAUCAUGCAGGCCGCUUCGGCACUCAAGCAUGGCCCAGAGACUGAGUUGAGUGCAGUGCUGGAGCAGGCUGACGACUGGGUCCUACGACUACGCCACCUCGCUGAGGAGCCCCAGAACAGUCUUCCAGAUAUAAUAAUUUGGAUGCUACAGGGGGACAGGAGAGUGGCCUACCACAGAAUCCCGGCACACCAGGUUCUUUUCUCCCAGGGUUACUGCGGCAAGCAUUGUGGCCAACUUCAGACAUUUUUUAUGAAGUAUCCACAGGAAGACGGGGGAGACUGUAAGAUCCCAGCUCAGCUCAGGGUAAAGGUGUGGUUUGGAUUGACUGCUGAUAUAAAGUUCUUCAACCAGUUUGCAGAGGGCAAACUAUCUGUGUUCGCAGAAACGUAUGAGAACCAGACUAAAUUGGCCCUGGUGGGAAACUGGGGAACGACUAGUCUGACAUACCCCAAGUUCAGUGACGUGACUGGCAGAAUUAAACUGCCAAAGGAGAGCUUUAAACCUUCUCCAGGAUGGAGCUGGGCGGGAGACUGGUACAUCAGCCCAGAGAAAACAUUGCUGUAUGAUGCUGAUGCUGGUCAUAUAAGCUUUCUGGAGGAAGUCUUUGAAAAUCAGAUGCGGUUGCCAGGAGGACAGUGGAUUGGCAUGUCAGAGGGGUACACAGAUGUGAAUGGAGAAAAGGCUGUGCCUAAAGAUGAGAUAGAGUGUCCCCCUGGCUGGGUUUGGGGGGAUACUGAGUGGAGCGAGGAUCUAAAGCGUGCAGUAGAUGAUCAAGGGUGGGAAUAUGGAAUAACCUUCCCUCCUGACCGCCGGCCGAAGUCUUGGGUUCCAUCAGAGAAGAUGUAUCACACCAACCGCCGCAGACGCUGGAUCCGACUCCGCCGUAGAGAUAUGCAGAAAAUGGAAGCGCUCAGAAAACAACGUCCAGACGAGUCAGAGCGUGAGGGAUGGGAAUAUGCCUCUUUAUUUGGCUGGAAGUUCCACCUCAAGCAGAAGAAGACCGACUCCUUCCGUCGUCGACGCUGGAGAUGUCGUAUGGAGCCAUUGGAAAAGACGGGUCCAGCAGCCAUCUUUGCCUUGGAGUGUUCACUGAGCAGUGUUGUUGAUGAAAAGAACGAUGAUAAGUCGGUUACAACAACAUUUGGUGUCAACCGCCCAACCAUCUCCUGCUUCUUUGAUAGUGGGACCCUGUAUCAUUUGCGGUGCUACCUCUAUCAGGCCAGAGACCUACUGGCAAUGGAUAAGGACAGUUUUUCAGAUCCCUAUGCCAUUGUAUCCUUCCUGCAUCAGAGCCAGAAGACGGUGACUGUUCGAAACACACUCAACCCUACCUGGGACCAAACCCUCAUCUUCUAUGAAGUAGAAAUAUUUGGAGACAGUCAUGUGACUGAGAGGAACCCUCCGAAAAUUGUGGCAGAACUGUACGAUCAGGACACCUAUGGAGCUGAUGAGUUUAUGGGGCGCUGUGUAUGCCAACCAUCAAUGGUAACUUCUCCUCGCCUUGCCUGGUAUCCCAUACAGAAAGGUGGUAAGGCUGCUGGAGAACUGCUUGCUGCGUUUGAACUGAUCCGCAGAGAUAAGCCUGCAGUUCACCACAUACCCGGUCAAGAAGUUAGUAAUCUUUCUGGGGAUAUUACACCACCCUCACAUAUCAUGGAUGAGGCAGAGGACUCUGAUUUGCCCUAUCCACCUCCACAGAGGGAACCUAAUGUCUACAUGGUACCACAGGGGAUCAAACCUGUCCUACAGCGCACUGCUAUUGAGAUACUGGCAUGGGGUUUGCGUAACUUGAAGAGUUUCCAGCUGGCCAGUGUGAAAUCUCCUAGUCUCCAGGUGGAAUGUGGGGGACUUGCCAUUCAGUCGUGUGUCAUCCGAAAUGCUAAGAAGAACCCUAACUUUGAUGUCAACACUCUCUUCAUUGAUGUGCGGCUGCCCAAGGAGGAGUUGUACAUGCCCCCAUUGGUGAUCAAGGUCAUAGACAACCGACAGUUUGGUAGGAAGCCAGUGGUGGGCCAGUGCACAGUGCGCUCACUGAAUGAGUUCCGCUGCAAGCCUGAGAGCCUGGAGAGAGACCCUACAGAAGAGGAAUUUGAGGCAGUUGCUCACACGCCUAGAGAUGAAGUUCUGAUUGAUAUUGAUGACAAGGAGCCUCUUAUUCCUGGACAGCAGGAUGAAUUUAUGGACUGGUGGAGCAAGUUUUAUGCCUCCACUGGUGAGAGGAACAAGUGUGGAAGUUAUCUAGAGAAAGGGUUCGAUACACUGCAGGUGUAUGACACAGAAUUGGAGAAGGUCAAAAGCUUUGAGCAAUUGUCUGAUUUCUGUAAAACGUUCAAACUUUACUGUGGAAGAACCCAGGAUGAGAGUGAAGACCCUUCUAUUGUUGGAGAGUUCAAGGGUUCAUUUAAGAUCUAUCCACUGCCCGACGAUCCCGCAAUAGCCACACCACCACGCCAGUUCCGCAAACUUCCACCAAAUGGUAUCGAGGAGUGCCUGGUACGUGUGUACAUCAUCCAGGCCUAUGGCUUACAGCCCAAAGAUUCCAAUGGCAAGUGUGACCCUUACGUUAAGAUCACACUUGGCAAGAAAUCAUUAGAUGACCAUGACAAUUACAUACCCUGUACAUUGGACCCCAUCUUUGGAAAGAUGUUUGAGCUGACAUGCUGUCUGCCUCUGGAGAAGGACCUGAAAAUCAUGCUGUAUGAUUAUGACAUGCUCUCUAAAGAUGAGAAAAUCGGAGAGACCGUCAUAGAUUUGGAGAAUCGCUUCUUGUCCCGUCAUGGUUCUCGUUGUGGCCUGCCACAGUCCUACAGUCUGUUGGGUGUUAACCAGUGGCGAGAUCAGCUGAAACCUACCCAGUUGCUUCAUCAUCUGUGUGAGAGGCAAAACUGUAAACUGCCUGUCUACAAGCAGGAUCGAGUCUACUUCAGAGGACAGGAAUAUACCGUGGCAGACCUUGAUGAAAGAAGACCUCUUAACUAUUACCUGGGUCCAGUGCAGGAGCGUCUAGCACUUUUGGUGCUGAGGAGGCAAGGUCUGGUACCUGAACAUGUUGAGACCCGACCCCUCUAUAGCCCUCUACAACCAGACAUAGAGCAGGGCCGGUUACAAAUGUGGGUGGACCUGUUCCCUAAAUCUUUGGGCCCACCAGGGCCUCCAUUCAAUAUUACUCCACGCAGAGCCAAAAAGUUCUUCCUGCGCUGCAUUAUAUGGAACACAAGAGAUGUCAUCUUGGAUGAUGUCAGCAUUACUGGGGAGAAGAUGAGUGACAUUUAUGUGAAAGGCUGGAUGCAUGGCCAUGAAGAGAUCAAGCAGAAAACAGAUGUGCACUAUCGAUCACUAGGUGGUGAAGGCAAUUUUAAUUGGAGGUUCCUCUUUCCCUUCCAUUAUUUACCAGCUGAACAACUCUGCACCAUUGAUAAAAAGGAGCAUUUUUGGAGUUUGGAUAAAGUUGAAACGAAACUGCCUCCUAAGAUUACUAUUCAGAUCUGGGACAAUGACAAGUUCUCCUUUGAUGAUUUCCUUGGUUGUUUGGAGAUGGAUCUUAACCAUAUGCUGAGUCCAGCAAAAUCUCCAGAAAAAUGUGGGCUAGAGAUGCUCUCUCAGACCCAAGACAGGCUAGUUUCACUGUUUGAGCAGAAGACGGUUAAAGGCUGGUGGCCGUGCGUGUGUGAAAGACAAGGCGAGAAGGUCCUUGCAGGGAAAGUGGAAAUGUCCCUUGAAAUCACCACUGAGCAGGAGCAGGAUGAGAGGCCAGCAGGGCUCGGCAGGGAUGAGCCCAACAUGAAUCCCCAUCUAGAGGACCCACAGCGUCCUGAGACCUCAUUCCUAUGGUUUUCAUCUCCGUAUAAGACAUUUAGAUUCAUUGUGUGGAGAAGGUUUAAGUGGCUUAUUCUGGGCCUCUUUAUUCUCUUUUUCAUUAUACUCUUCCUUGGAGUCUUUCUCUAUGCCUUCCCUAACUAUGCUGCUAUGAAGAUGGUUGGGCCCUUCAGUGGAGCGGGAAAGGGAACACAGUGAGACGGGGAAAUGGAGACCCCAGUACCAACUGAACAAAAACCCCAUCCACACAUCAUGUGAAGCCUACUGGACUGAUAUAUAUAAUAUGCUGUAUAUGCAGAGCCAUCUAUGGCCUAGCUCAUGCAUAUUUACUUGUGGCUUAUGAGCCAAGACAAAGCCAAAGAUAGUCAAAUGUUACGUGAAACAUUGGUGUGUGUGCCUUUAUGUGUGUGUUUGCUUAUUAUAGUACUAUAUGCAUGAUUGUUGCAUCACAAAUAUGUGUUUGUACAUAUAUUACAUGCGCAGCUCCCUGCCCUGUAUAUGACCUGGCCCUGAACUCUCUCUGACUCUCACUAACACUUUCAUCUAUCUAUCUGUUUGAUCCUGUUUCAUGUCUCCUGUAAAACUCUGCACUUUCUUCACAGCCAGAUGCUCCUUUCUUCUUCCUUCACGCAGAGAGAGAGAGAGAGAGACAGAACCACCUCGCACCACCUCCCAUCCAUUCGUUCCUCUCCUUUCUUUCUCCUUUCAACAGUGUUGGCUCUUUAGGUUAAACCCUGGAUUUGUACUGUUAGGCUGUAUGGUCCGAGACAGGCUGGUUAUUAGCUGAGCCCCUCUGUCAGCAGGCCCACCUCUCUGAUUACUAUCACACUAUGUUAUUUUGCCUUAGAGAAAUCCUCACUAAAUGGAUUUGAGGUCAACUGUGGGUUGGCUGUGUGUGUGUGUGUGUGUGUGUGCGUGUUUUUGUGAUUUACGAGGACAAUUUUGUAAGUUACAAAUUAGUAAUUACAAGGGUAUUAUGCUAUAAAUGUGAUUUAUGAGGACAUUUCUAGUGUCCCCAUAAUUCAAAUCACUUAAAAAUCAUACUAAACAAUGUUUUAUUGAAAAUGUAAAAAUGCAGAAGGUUUUCUGUGAAACCUUUUCUGUUUCUGUUUGAAACAUGUGUGUGUGUGUGUGUGUGUGUGUGUGUGUGUGUGUGUGUGUGUGUGUGUGUGUGUGUGUGUGUGUGUGGAUAGUUGGAUGUGAAAGACAACAAGAGAUAAAAAGGUUGUUAUUUGUGUAAAUCAUACGCUCACGCCAAUGUGCCGUUUUGUAUUUUACUCUGUAAAGGAUGAAAAUGAGCAGAUGCAUCUGGAAAAUGGGGCAAGAUGUCUAAACGUGCCUGUGAAAGUACUAUUACAUCAGAGGUGGGUAGAGUAGCCAAAAACUGUACUCAAGUAAAAGUACAAUGUAAAAUAGCUCAAGGAUGGGCAAGGAGGAGGCGAGAACCGGCUUGUCAAUAUAAAUGAUAAUUUAAUGAAAACUUAAACCAAAACACAUAAACAAACACACACGACGGACAUGCCCAUAAUUCUCUCUCUCUCGAACCAUCGUCACCGGCCGC